GAGAAACUAGUGAAUGUGAAUUUGAACCGUUGAUUUCUCUCUUCAGAAUACUUACGGGUGCCUUAUCGGAGCACGUAGAAUUAUGGUUAAUUUUAGUGGGAGCGAACUCUCCAACUAACAAACCGGAGUACCUUGGGCUAACCCAACAGAAUCCUGUUUUCUGCUUCCGCCGAAAGAAUAUCUACUUCUUUUUUGAUCGGCAGAAAGAAUAUCUACUUCAGUUUGACAAGUUAACUGCAAUCAAUAUUCUGUUAAUUCCAUUGACGAAGGGAACUGAGAACACAACAAUGGACGUGCCCGAAACACCAUUGAAGGAGGGAAUUGGAGUUGUAUAAAAAACAAAGGGAUGAUACCAAGGCUGAAAUCAAUUGGUGAAAGUGGAAGAAGAAGCCAAGUUUUCAACCAAAAUGUGAAGAUAACCCAGUUGGGAAAAUGCGGUCGGAUCGAAGAAGCCACCAGAAUAUUCAACCAAAUGCCCCACCGCAACACUGUCACCUAUAACUCCAUGAUAUCUGUUUAUGCCAAGAACGGCAGAAUCAGCGAUGCACGGAACCUGUUCGAUAAAAUGCCGCGCAAGAACUUGGUUUCCUGGAACACAAUGAUUGCUGGGUACUUGCACGGUGACAAAGUUGACAAAGCCCGUGAACUGUUUGAUAAAAUGACCCAGAGGGAUGAUUUCACGUGGACUUUGAUGAUAACUUGUUACACACGUAAGGGAGAUGUCGAAAAGGCUAGAGUGUUGUUCGAUUUGCUUCCGGAGAAGAAGAAGAACCGGGCUUGUUGGAAUGCGAUGAUUGCUGGUUACGCGAAGAAAGGAUGUUUUGGUGAUGCUAGGAAACUUUUUGAUGAAAUGGAGGAUAAAAGUAUAGUGUCACGGAAUUCAAUGCUAGCCGGGUAUACCCAUAAUGGAGAGAUGUCUCUGGGUUUGAGAUUUUUCGAGGAAAUGGAUGAAAGGGAUGUGGUUUCGUGGAACUUGAUGGUGGAUGGGUUUGUGAAUGCGGGUGAUUUGGAUUCGGCUUGGAAAUUUUUUCAGAGAACUCCUGACCCAAACAUUGUCUCUAAAGUCACAAUGUUAUGUGGAUUUUCAAGGAAUGGUCAAAUCACGGAGGCUAGGAGACUCUUUGAUGAGAUGGAGGAUAAAAAUGUGGUUUCUUGGAAUGCAAUGAUAGCUGCUUAUGUGCAACAAUGCCAAAUUAACGAGGCUAUAUGGCUAUUCACACAAAUGCCUGAGAAAAAUGCCGUAUCGUGGACUACCAUCAUUAAUGGAUAUGUUCGAGUUGGUAAGCUCCAUGAAGCGGAGCAAGUGUUAAAUAAAAUGCCAUGUAAGAACGUGGGAGCCCAAACUGCAAUGAUCUCUGGCUAUAUACAGAAUAGAAGGAUGGAUGAGGCUCGUCGGAUUUUUGAAAAGAUAGGCGCCCCAGAUGUUGUUUGUUGGAAUACUAUGAUUGCUGGAUAUGCUCAUUGCGGGAGAGUAGAUGAAGCUUUAAACCUAUUAAAACGGAUGCCGCAAAAGAACAUAGCUUCAUGGAAUAAUAUGAUAUUUGGUUAUGCUCAAACAGGCCAAAUGGACAAAGCAGUUGCGGUUUUUGAAGAGAUGGGGGAGAAGAAUUUAGUUUCUUGGAAUACCCUAAUUUCAGGUUUUACACAAAAUGGCUUAUUCACAAAUGCACUCACGACUUUUUUGUUGAUGGUACAGGAUGGUAAAAAACCUGAUCAAUCCACUUUUGUUUCUGGACUAUGUUCUUGUGCAAAUCUUGCAGCUCUUGAAAUUGGAAACCAACUUCACCAAACUGUUGUGAAAAGCGGUUAUGCGAAUGACCUCUUUGUCAAUAAUGCCUUAAUCUCUAUGUAUGCGAAAUGCGGAAGGAUCUUGAGCGCCGACUAUGUUUUCAAGUAUAUUGACAAUGUCGAUGUUAUAUCGUGGAAUUCCUUGAUUUCUGGGUAUGCUUCAAACGGAAAUGUGGAAAAGACGGUUAAAAUAUUCCAGGAAAUGACAGUCAAAGGGGUUAAACCUGAUGAGGUUACUUUUAUUGGGGUACUAUCAGCAUGUAGUCAUUCUGGAUUAGUAGAUGACGGUUUGAAUUUGUUCAGGUCAAUGACUGAAGAGCACUUGAUUGAACCUGUGGCUGAACACUAUGCUUGCAUGGUUUGCUUGCUUGGGCGGGCAGGGAGAUUGGAAGAAGCCUUUCAGAUGGUAAGGGAAAUGAAGAUCGAGCCCACUGCAGGUGUAUGGGGGGCUUUACUUUAUGCUUGUCGUGUAUAUGGAAAUUUAGAGAUUGGGCGUGUUGCAGCUGAGAAGCUUUCCAAACUCGAACCUCAUAAAUCUUCAAAUUUUGUGCUCUUAUCAAACUUGAAUGCUGAGGCAGGGAGAUGGGAUGAGGUUGAAAGCACAAGGAUAUUGAUGACAGAUAGAGGAGCAGAGAAGCAACCAGGAUGGAGCUGGAUCUGAAGAUAGAAAACAAUCCAUAGUUCGAUUCGAGGACCAUGGUAGUGCAAUCCUAGAGUGUGAUAAGGUUAUCAACAGUCUGAAUAACUUAGGCAGUGUUUGGUUUGCUGUGAUGAUUUUGAGAAGGAAUAGGGGCCGUUCAACUGAACUGGCGAAUGAGGAUUCCAUCUAAAUCGUAGAUUCUGCCAUUUUUUAGUGAACGAAGCAUCAGAAUGAUGAGCAUGAACUUGGGUCUUGGUCUUAUCGUUCCAUUCAAGAUUUAUUCUAGUGAACCAAAACUCCCCUUAUGUUGCUUUCUGAUCUCUGGGAUUUUGCCACUGGAUGCCUAUUUGAGUUGAUUUGGGACAGGAAGUACUGAAAGGUGAUUGGUAUUGUGAAGGCUGUAGAUCAAUUUCCCUCGGCUCCUCAAAUCCAUAUCGUCCAAAUAAUGAUAUAACUGAGUCAACUGACUGAAGAACAUUCACCCGGUUUUGGGCAGAUCGGAUUCUAUUAAGGAAAGAACCACCACUGAUGAGUGUGAACCUUAACUAUUUUGGAUACCUGCAGUAUUUUCUUUUUUUCCUAGAAGAAAACUGUUCUGAGUAUCUACGAGCAGUGUUUGGUCACCGUGGAGUGCUUCGAGUCCGUGUAUUAGUGAGAAUUCAGCACUGCAAAUAGACCUUUGUUUACAGUUUGGCAUAUGCUUAUAUUCCAGAAACCGUGAGAUGUACUUGUUUAUGCUUGAAGUGCUUAGAAUUAUGUCAUGUGCUUAGAUAACACUGAUCUCUCAUGUCCUCACCAUAAGUAGGAGAAGUCGCCUUGAAGAAUGACUUUUCAUCCUCUGAAUGUUUGGACACGGGCAGCCCGAAAAUUCCUCACUC